UUUUUCACAUAAUGGUAGCAAGAAAAAUGUCUGUGUAUGAAAGCGAGACUCUGCUCGGUAAAAUAAGAUAGUUCCACCCUGUAGGUCGCACGCUACCAGACUUUCAAUUUCGGACUCCAAGUUCCAAGCCCCCAACAGCGAUUCCCAUUUGGCACCCGCCUUGGCUCCCCGAUUGGAUUCGUCGCUACCCAACAACAAAUUGUUUCAAUGCCAACUCCCUAACUCCUCCUUUCUAGCCCUCACUUCCUUUUUCAGUAAUUUUCACAAACACCUUACCUAAUAUUAGAUUCAAAAUCCCAAUUAGAAAAAGGGAAAAACCAGCAGCAUGCUUCGAAGGUCAAUUUUGGAAUUAUCACGUCACCGAGGGUCUCCUCGGAGAAUACCAAGGCAGAUUAUAUCCCAGUGUUCAUCACCGUUUCUUUAUUCGAGAAAGCAAUUUUCGACCUCUCCUGGAGAAAAUCCUACUCCAAAACCUGGUUCAGCUGGAGGUCCGCCUGAAUCAAAUAGUGGGUUUUCAAGAGUUGUCCUUGGCAGUGCUGUUAUUGUUGGUGCUGCGUUGGUUGCUUACCAAGCUGGAUACUUAGAUCAAUAUUUUGGUCAAGUGCCCAAUGAUUCUGUUGAUUCAGCGAAAAUUGGUUUUGAUAGUAAAGAUGAAAAUGAUGUGCAAGUUGUUACUUCUCAUGAUGAAGAAAUUAAAGGACAAACUACUCAUUUAGACUUGCACGAGCAAGAAGAUGCAACGCGUAUCAGUCUUCCUCCUCAGCUUGAAACUUCGAGUGAAACCCCUAGUGUAAACCACCCUAAUGUGGAAGUUAAGUCGAAUGACUCGAAUGAAACACUUGGAAAUAGCUCAACGUCUGGACCAGAAAAGCCGUUGCCAGAAUAUUCUCAGAGCAGCUUGCCAUCUGCUGAUCACAGUGCAGAUGCUGCUGUAUCAGCUGAGGGGAAUGUUGAAAAGGCUGGGUCUGAAACUGCACCAAUACCGGACAAGGAAAUUCACGAUAUUCAAUUGGAUACCCAAUCAAGUGCAUCCCUUGGAGAAAAGGAGACAAAAGCUGUAGAACCUCAUUCUCAUGCUACUGAAGACAGACCGCAGGAUGAAACAAGUAAAGGUGCAGAAGCACCUAGUUUUGCCCUUGAAGAAAGCGAAAUAAAAGCUGUGCCUUUUCUGCAUCCCAGUAUAGCAGACAUAUCUCAGGCUAAACCAACUGAAGAUAAAGGAGCUCCAAGUUCUCUUCUUGAUGCCUAUCACCUUAGGGACAAGGCAGAUGACAGCUAUUUAUCUUCUCUAAAUAGAAAAUAUGAGCAGCUUUCUAAAGAAACAGAGGGUUUUGGUACAGCAGUUGAGGAACUAAAUGAGGGAUAUUUAUCGAAGGAUGGAAAAUUAAUUCUUGGUUUCCUCCAAGCCAUUCAUGCUGCCGAAAAAUGGCAAGCUGAGCUGGAUGCACAUGCUUUUGCUCAAGAAAAAGAAGUAUUGAAGGAGAAAUAUGAAAAGGAAUUAAGGAAUUCAAGAGCCAGGGAACUAAUGCGUACAGAAGAGGCAGCCAUAUUGGAUAAGGAAUUAAAGAGAGAAAGAACAAAGGCAGCAGCUGCUCUAAAAUCACUUCAAGAAAAAAUGGAAGAGCAGCUGAGGAUGGAACUUGAAGAAAAGGAAAGGGAAGCUGAACUGAAGUUGCAAAAAGCUCAGGAGCUUGGAAAAGCAGAACUAGCUGCAGCGAUUGCAAACGAGAAAGCAGCACAGAUUGAAAAAUUGGCAGAAGCAAAUCUUAAUAUAAAUGCCUUAUGUAUGGCAUUUUAUGCACGAUCUGAAGAGGCGCACAAAAGUCAUUCUGUUCACAAGCUAGCUCUGGGAGCACUUGCUCUAGAGGAUGCACUUUCUAAAGGAUUACCAAUCCAAAAAGAAAUAGAUGCUCUGCGCACCUACCUUGAAGGUACUGAAAAGGAUUCAGUGUUGGAUUUGGUGCUUUCGUCUCUUCCAGAAGAAACACGGUACCAUGGUACCGACACUGUACUACAGUUGAAUCAAAAGUUCAAUGCAUUGAAAGGGACCCUAAGGCACUUCAGCCUAAUUCCACCAGGUGGUGGUGGCAUCUUGACACAUUGUUUAGCACAUAUUGCAUCCUGGUUAAAGGUGAAGGAAGUCGACCAAUCUGGUGAAGGGAUUGAGUCUUUAAUCAGUAGAGUUGACAAAUACUUGGCUGAAGGAAAGCUCGCCGAAGCGGCAACUGCUCUUGAGCAAGGUGUCAAGGGUAGCCAAGCAGAGGAGAUUGUCAAUGAUUGGGUGAAGCAAGCGAGGAAUAGAGCCAUCACUGAGCAAGCUUUAACUGCACUCCAAUCAUAUGCUACUUGCAUUAGUCUUACCUAAUCUCCAGUCCUCAACACAUGGCUCAAACAAUAUCUUGGGUUUGGAAUUUACAAAUCUCACAAUGCAUAUUAUUUUUCUUAAAAAUUGUGUAGAUUGUCCGUGAUCCUCCAAAUAAAAAAUUUUGGCUGUCUUUACCGAAGAAGGUCCAUAUUUUUUCAUCUCUUCAUAGAUACUGUUAGUAGGCCUUUGUGGUGGAAUGUUAAAAUAAGCUAUUGGAUUAUUGGAAACAAGAGGGUCAAUAUAGAGUGAAUUUCUUGAUAUCUUUUGAAGAUAUUGCAACAUGUAUGGUUGAUGAUGUAUCAUUUUCUUGAAAUAUUUUUCUCAACUAUUUCUAGUUUUAAUCAGAAUUUUCUUAUUUGCA